AUGGAUUGUGAGACACCAUGUUCAUUCAAGUUUGCUGAUGAUAAGAUUAUAGAGUCUACACCGGCAAAGCUGGCUGGUAUAUUUUGCAUGCAUAGGAUUGGAAGAAGAAAGGGUCAGAAGCUGUUAAAGUACUAUUGUCCUAGUGAUUUGACUGACAAUGUUUUAUACAGCAAAUACUUCACCGAUAUCAAAUCUACAAAGCAUCAGACGACGGUCUUUAUCUUGUGUGUAUUGUUUUUUGGCGACAAAAAUGCCAAUGGAGUGAACGCGAAAUAUCUUAGUAUCGUUGAAACUUAUGAUACGGUGCUCAAGGUGUCGUGGCCUGAUUUAAUACACGAGCACUUGUUUGAAGAGAUUCAUACUAAUCUUAGUUGUUUGUCAAAUGUGAAGGCUUGUGUGCAAUACCUACUGUUAUUGUUUGCUGAACACACGCCAGCAGGAUUAAUCCCGAAAGUUGAGAACCACGAGGAAGAUAUCCCGAGGGUUGGGAGAUGGGAUAUAUACCAGAUUUCUGAUUACAUUUGGAAAACAGACAUGACACAGUUUUCGCCAACUCCUAGCUUUGUGGCUGAGUUUUCACAGCUUGAGAAGCAGCUGGGUAUAUCAACCGUGGUACCCAGCAAGGACGACCUGCAAAGUUGGCUGAAAGCGCAAACUAUUGAGAAUAGCCAUCUGAAAGAGCAACUGCAAGAAAAGCAAGCAAUGCUUAAAGCAGUGUAUGCAAUUGCAAGAGAAGGGAUAUCAGAAGGGGACCUUUCAGGAACAGCGGAAUUCAAGGUUCACAAAUUUAGUUGCCAAAUUAUGCAAGCAAUGGGUAUUGAUCCUUACAAAGUGACCCAGGAAGAGUUUAUGCAACAUGAAGAUGAUGUACAUGGAGGUACUGAGCAUGGAGCUACUGAGCAUGAAGAAGAAGAGUUACAAUUAGUUGAGACAGAGCAACAAGGAGAUGGAAGUACUGAGCAAGAGAAAGAGAAAGAUGACGCGGAAACUUCCUUCCAUGAAGAAUUUCCAUGUAUGAGCCUUGCAGCUGGAAAUACGCCAACAAUUCUGCAAGCUCAAACUGCUGCAGAGGGGCACAAAAGACCACUCAGGACAUAUAGUUCGAGUAUGAAGAGUGUGACAACUUGCAAGACUCCACCAAAGAAAAGGCCUGUCGCAAAGCAAAAGCCCACUCCUACAAAUAAUGUUGAUGAGGAGCAGAAGAAAGAUGUUGAAGAGACACCUGUUACGGAUGAGGCACAGAAGAAAGCUGCAGAUGGUGGAGUUGUGGAUGGGGCAGGUGAUGAUGUAGCUGCAAAAGCCGUAGGUGAUGAUGUUACUGCAACAAAGUCAAUGAGGAUACACCUGCAACUGUUGGUGACGGUUUGGUUAUGA